UGGGGUCCCCGGGCAAUAGGGGAUCAUGGGGCCCCUGUGUCCUUGCCCAGACUCAUAAAAGCCUAUGAAAAAGGUAUCAGGGGCAUCUCAUGGGGCCCCCUACUGACCCCGGGCCCUCGGGCAAGUGCAGAGUUCAGGAAUGCCUUACGUGCAGAGUUCAGGAGUGCAUUACGUGCAGAGCAGGGGCGGACUGACAACUCAUGGGGCCCCCGGGCAAUAGGGGAUCAUGGGGCCCAUGUGUCCUUGCCCAACCUCAAAAAAGCCUAUUCAAAAGGUACCAGGGGCAUCUCAUGGGGCCCCCUACUGACCCCUGGCCCUCAGGCAGUUUCCAAAUGGUCAGUCUGCCCC